CAUGGCGGCGGGCGUCCGAGCAGCAGAUCCUCGGAGGUCGCGUAGCGGGAAGGAAGUAGUAAUAGACCGGCUGGAAAAAUCACCAAACGAUAAGUUACGGGAUGUCGACAAGCGUGUGCCACAGCCAGCUGACGCUCACCUCCGAGCCCGAAAAAUUUAGAAAUCCGCCAUGGUGGAAUCGCCGCACAAAAUUAGAGAGGACGCUUUGCUUCGUCACGGUGACCUCUCUACUCAUGCUGUCCGUGAUGGCCGCAGCCCUUGCCGUUUUCGGAUACCUCUAUCAAAAGAACAUAGAUUCCCGGCAAGCCAUCUACGUACCCUCCAACAGCGACCGCCUCGUCUCCCCCAAUUCGUCUGACAUCUCGAAUGUGUGCCUGACACCCGGAUGCGUCAAGGCAGCUGCCACUAUCCUGUCCAACAUGGAUGAAUCCGUGGAUCCCUGCGAUGACUUCUACCAGUUCUCUUGCGGGGGUUGGCUGAACACGCACGCCAUUUCCGAAGACAGGUCGUCCGUGUCGGUGUUCUCGGAAGUGCAAGAUGAUCUCAAUCUCAAACUCAGAGUUUUGAUGGAAAAGAAAGUAAGCGGAUCAGAGCCAGACUUCGUGAGAAUGAUAAAACAUAUGUACAUUUCCUGCAUGGAUUUGAAACAAAUCGAGGCUCUCGGCAGCGAGCCCCUCCUGAAGGCCCUCGAGACUCUGGGUGGGUGGCCCGUGGUCGAAGGGGAGAAGUGGGACAAGUCCAAGUUCGACUGGAUUGAUACCCUCAUCCACUUCCGCAAGUUGGGCUACAGCCAUGACAUCCUCCUCGAUCUCUCCGUCACCGCGGACUACAGGAAUAACACGGUUCACAUCAUAGAUUUGGAUCAGACAUCUCUCGGGAUGCCCGACCGGACCUACCUGGUGAGGGGCCUGAACGAUUCUUCGACGGCAGCUUACUUCAAUCUGAUGGUCAAGGCCGCCAAGAAGCUCGGUGCCAACGAAGAGACAGCGGAGGAAGAACUGAUGCGAGCCCUCAACUUCGAGAUAACUCUCGCCAACUUUUCUUUGCCACGAGAAGAGCGUCGAAACAUCAGCAAGUUGUACAACAAGUACACGGUCCAGAAACUGCAAGAAUUGGUUCCCCAAAUUAAUUGGCUGAAAUAUUUCAACGGUCUGCUAAAUGAUCCAAUCUAUCAUAACGAGUCUUUAAUCAUAGCCGUCCCCGAUUUCAUUAUUCGCUUCGCAGAUUUGAUGAUGAACACCGAUAAAAGAGUGAUUGCCAAUUACAUGAUGUGGCGUGCUGCCGGACAAACUUUGUCUCUGCUGUCGAAGGACUGGCGUGCCCUAGCCCAAGAGUACAGCACGGUGAUCACGGGAAAGAGCCAGGAGGAACCGAGAUGGGAACAGUGUCUCUCCUCCCUAUCCGGCAGCCUGGGUAUCGCGCUCAGUUCUUAUUACGUGCGAAAUUACUUCAAGGACGGCAGCAAGGAUUCGGCUCUUGAAUUGGUGAAAUACAUCCACAAAGAGUUUCACACCAUUUUGGACAACAUCGACUGGAUGGAUGAAGGAACAAAAAAGCAAGCCAAAGAGAAGGCAAAUACAAUAAAACCUUAUAUCGGUUAUCCUCAUGAGCUUCUGAAUGAUACUGCGGUUAUGGAACUUUAUGAAAAUCUGACGAUUACCAAUGGCAGCUACUUCGACAAUAUCAUGAAUCUCAGAAAAUGGUCCACCGAUUAUGCAUUUGAUCAACUUCGCAAACCCAACAUCAGAGGAGAAUGGAAAAAGCAUGCGAGAGCAGCAGUCGUUAAUGCCUUUUACAAUGCCUUAGAAAACAGCAUAGAAUUCCCUGCAGGAAUUUUACAAAAUUCUUUCUUCAACAAGGAUCGACCACAUUAUAUGAACUUCGGUGCCAUCGGAUACGUUAUUGGCCAUGAAAUUACUCAUGGAUUUGAUGACAGAGGUCGACAGUUCGAUAAAGAUGGAAACAAUGUCAACUGGUGGGACGCGACCACAGAUGAAAGAUUUAAGAAGAAAGCUCAGUGCAUCAUCGAACAGUACGGUAACUUCACAGCAGAAAAUGGACUGAAGGUAAAUGGCAUCAAUACGCAAGGAGAGAACAUUGCUGAUAAUGGAGGACUGAAAGAAGCUUAUUGGGCCUACCAUUCAUGGGUGAAAGAUCAUGGAGCUGAACUGAAACUGCCAGGCUUGAAAUAUUCUCCAAGUCAACUUUUCUGGAUUAGUGCAGCUAAUGUAUGGUGUGGCAAAUACAGACCAGAAGUUUUAAAACUGAGAAUUAUAUCAGGAUCCCACAGUCCACCUCAAUUUAGAGUGAUUGGCCCCAUGUCUAAUCUUCCUGAAUUUUCCAAAGAAUUUCAGUGUGAGCCCGAUUCAGCAAUGAACAGAAAGAACAAGUGCCAAGUAUGGUAAUACAUUGAUAAGAAGGACUAAUUUCAUAAAACCAUAUAUUUAAAUAAUUUAUUUAAAGGCGAUGAGUGCAAAUAUAGCACUGGAGUUUUUAGAUUCAUGUGUAAAAUUGUUUUUAUAGCAUUUGUACAGUCGACACAUUUUUAAGUUUCCUUUUUAUAAUAAAAUAUAAGAAAAUUU